AACUCCUGCCUUUUCAUCCUUCUUCCUUUCCAUCCCCACUUCCACUGCAGAGAAUAGAAGAAAAAUCUACGCGUGCUCCAACAAUCACUGCAAGCACUCUCCUCCCCCUCUCAAUGCCUUCAACAAUCUUCCAUUCUUCUUUUGACAGAGAUUAAGUUCUUGAAGGGUUGAUGCAAAGAAAAAAAACAGGAGUUGCAAACAUCAAUAAUGCCUCCUAGGUCUCUUGUUUACCGGUGUUUCCUUCUCUCCACCAUUUUAUCUGCUAUUGGGACUGCAGCUGCUCAAAAUGGAGAACCAUACUCAAUGCGCAUAAGCUGUGGAUCUCAACAGGAUGUUACUACUAGUCCUACAAGUACCUUAUGGCACAGAGACUUUGGUUAUACUGGUGGAAAAUCGGCGAACGCCAAGAUUCCUAGUUAUAUCGAACCUCAUCUGACCACUCUUCGGUAUUUUCCUCUGUCGGAUGGCCCUGAGAACUGCUACACCAUUGGUAACAUCACUAGAGGUCAUUACCAAGUGAGAUUGUUUUUUGCGCUCAUCAACGAUUCAAACUAUGACAGUGAACCCAUUUUCGAUGUAUCCAUAGAAGGGACCCAAAUCUACUCUUUGCAGUCUGGUUGGAGCACCACUGAUGAGCAGUCAUUUGUGGAUGCUUUGGUAUUUGCUAACAACACAUCUUUGACUACCUGUUUUCAUAGCACUGGCCAUGGUGAUCCAUCCAUUCUCACAAUUGAGAUCCUUCAAGUAGAUGACGAUGCUUAUGGUAUCGGUCCGAUAUGGAGUAAGGGGACAGUUCUUAGAACAGCAAGAAGAUUGACAUGUGGUACUGGGAAGUCGGCAUAUGACGAAGAUUACGGGGGCAACCAUUGGGGUGGUGAUAGAUUCUGGUUAGGAGUUUCAUCAUUUGCAGAUUCUAGUCACUCAAUCUCGACCGAACAUAAUAUCACUCGCGCAUCAGUUUCGCCAAACUACUACUCAGAGAUGCUAUAUCAAUCUGCCAUUGUAGGGGAUGAUCUACAGCCUGAUUUAUCAUUCCAAAUGGACCUUGAUCCAAAUAAUAACUACUCAUUGUGGCUUCACUUUUGUGAGAUUGAUCCGGGAAUAACUAAAGAACAGCAAAGAGUUUUCGACAUAGUGAUAAAUGGUGAUGUUGCUUUUGAAAGUGUUGACAUUAUUAGUAUGGCAGGGGGAAGUCAUGUAGCCCUUGUGCUGAAUAAAACUGUCCAGAUGAGUGGAAGGACACUCACAGUUGAGCUACGCUGUGCGGAUGGAAGUCAUGCAAUCAUAAGUGCAAUUGAGGUUCUUGAGGUUAUUUUGGCAGAGUUUAAAACUUCAGCUGAGGAAGUGAAUGCUUUGCAAAUUUUGAAGAGCUCUUUGGGGCUUCCAAGACGUUUUGGCUGGCACGGUGAUCCAUGUGUUCCUCAAGAACAUCCAUGGAGUGUAGUUGAAUGCCAAUUCGACAGCGCUAGUAACAAUUGGGUCAUCUACGGAUUAGGUCUUGAUAAUCAAGGAUUGAAAGGUUCCUUGCCUGAUGAUAUUGCUACGUUGCAACAUUUGCAGAACUUAAACUUAAGCGAGAACUCCCUAUUUGGGUCAAUACCAUCCUCUCUUGGCAAUAUUACUGGGUUGCAAAUACUAGACCUCUCCUACAACCAAUUGAAUGGAUCAAUUCCAGAGAGCCUUGGCCAGCUAACGUUGUUACAGAUUCUAAAUCUCAAUGGAAACCUUUUAUCCGGAAGAGUUCCUGCAAGCCUCGGAGGAGCUCCACUGCACCGGGCUAGCUUCAAUUUUACUGGUAAUGCAGGUCUCUGUGGAAUUCCUGGAUUGCCAGCUUGUGGCCCUCAUCUAUCUCCUGGAGCUAAACUUGGCAUUGCAUUUGGGGCUUUGUUUGCAUUCCUUCUAGCACUUGUUAUCGUUCUCGUCUGGUGGAAACGAAGAGAGAACAUCCUUCGCGCCCAAAUGAUAGCCGCCGAGAAGCACCCUACGCCAAAGCAAGAACACAUUUUACGCGCGAUGUUCAAAUGGCGAAGCAUCAUCGAAAACACGAAUCAGCUGCUCAGAAUCACACUGAGAGCGGAUCCAACUUGAUCUUAUAACUUGAGUUUAUGUACCCCUUUAAAUGUUUGCAUUGCAAUUAUAGUAAUUAUUUUAUAUUAGUAAGGUUAGAUUGUAACUUUUUGACUUAAGAGAGUUAAUACACAAGAAGUUUUAUCAGAAGAAAACAUAAAAGCUGUUAGAGACAA